GUCAUGAUAUGGCAAGGGAGGAGCUCUUGCUAGCGCUCUGUGCUAUGUCCCAGACACGACGGAGGCUGUCUGCGACUGUAGAAGAUCUGCGCAGACGCUUGCACGACGAAUACCUGCGCUAUGAGCACGAUAGGCUCGUUCGAAUGCGCCACUACCUAACUGUGAAGUGCCUUCAAGAUCCGGAACACUCGUCAUGUGGCGUGAAGGUGACGAUGUCAACCUCCUCAACGUGACUAGCCUCACUCGGCCUGCUUUUCUCCCUUUGCUGGACCGAUUCACCCCUCACUAUUAUAUAUCUACUUACCGCCGGCAAGGUGUGCGCCCGACAAAGCUACGGCACCACCACCAGGUGCUCGGCGUGCUAAUGGCUUUCUACGUCGGCGCGAUGGGCCAGAAGUCUCUGUGUCUGAUGUUCGGCGUGCCACCGCCCACGCUCGAAGGUUCCCGCUUUCGCUUGUCAGUUGCCUUUACCAUCGUAGCUAAUAAUUCACACAUACGCCAAAGUAGAGCGGUUAACAGCUGAUCAAUAGCCACAUAACAUAAAGCGCAACUUACACG